CGAACGCGCGGCGGGCGGCAGCGCUCCGGGACCGGCCACCGACCCCCGGCAGCGCUCCGGGACCCGCCACCGACCCCCGGCAGCGCUCCGGGACCGGCCACCGACCCCCGGCAGCGACCCCCGGCCCCGCCGCCAUGGCUCCCAAGCGGAAGAAGGCGAGCGCCGCCGCUCGCAGUAGGAAACUGGCGGCUUUCCUCAAGGACUUCGACCGCGAGGUGAGGAGCCGGGUCGAGCAGCUGCAGGCGAAUGGGCAGCGCCUCAUCAAGGAGGUGGAGAAUCUGUACGAUAUCGAGAUCCUGAGGCUGCCGGUGGCGGUCCGCGGAGUGAAGUGGCUCGAGUAUAUCGCUAAAGGAGGAAGUGAGAAGGUGUUGGAAGAGGCAGCAACGGCAGACUUGGAAAUAACAGAAAUAAACAAGUUAACAGCAGAAGUCAUCCAGACUCCUUUAAAAGUCAUCCAGAAAGUGGAAAAAUCCAAACAAGAUAUUGAAACUAUUGAAGAAGAAGCAGAACCUCCUUUGCUUCCUGUAGCAAAGAAAGCCAAGCAUGACAGCCAAAGUCUUCCAGAGCUAGAAGCUGAAAACAUAAAUCCAGGAACUGGGAAGGUGAAGGCAUCCACUAAAAGAGUGCCAGUGUCCAGGAGCAGAAGAGCUCCUUCCUCAAGAGUGAAGCGUAUGAGUAAAAGGUCAAGCAAAAGCAACUUUAUCACUCCAGCUACUGGCAGAAACGUUGUUGUCUGUGCUCAAGGAGGUACCUCCUUUAUUACACCCAAAUUUGAUUCCAGGAUUUUCAAGACGCCGGGGCUGCGCACGCCGGCCGGGAACGAGCGGCUUUACACCAUCUCUGCCAACGGCAGCCCCCUGGCGGACAGCAGCGACAUCUUCAUCACAGUCCCCGUGGGAGGAGGGGAGAGCAUUCGUUUAACAGCAAAUGAUUUGACCAAGAAGAAUCUUCUUCAUCUGAAUCCAGAGGCUCAAGGAUUUAUGAAGAAGCUCUCAGUGCGUCUCGCACAGGCGUGUGGUGGAGUCAGCACCCACAGAUGAACCUCAGUGAAUGUCAACAUCCCUCUGUAAAUACACAAUGCUACACUUAGGACUGCUGCUUUUAGUUCUUGUUCUAAUCUGUGUCUACCUUCCAUUAAUUUACAGAAUGGAAGUUAAGAACUGAUUUUUGUACUUAGAAUAGAUGGCUUUUAUUUUUAUUGAGGAAGAAGACCUUUUCUUUCCCAUUUCCUUAAAGGCUGAGCCCAAGGUACAGCUCUCCUGGGCUUGUGGGACAGAAAGGCUACUCUGGGAUCUUACAGAAGGUGUCAGCAGUGGACACAAGUGACUUGGAGUUGGUGUCUGUCAGGGCAAAGAGAAACAAAUCAGAUUUCUUGUGCUUCCUUCUGGGCACUUCCUUCCUCUGCAAAUGUGACACUCAGUUUAGCACCUGAGACACCUGAAGGCAAGUUGCUGGUGCCUGGGGCUAAAUGGAAAGCUUUUAGUUCAGCUGGAACUGCAAUUCCUUUUGUUCUUACAGCAGCUGUUGUGUUUGUGGCAGCCUUUGAGGGUUUUAUAGGGAACUUCACACAUUGUAUUUUUAUCAAAGAAAUAAAAGCAGGGAACAAGUCAUGUGUUUUCUUUCCUGUAGCCAUCAUCUUAUUUUCAACAGCCUGGAAAAGCAGAGCUCUCUCUAUCAAGCACUUACUCUCUCUUGGGAAGGUUGUUUGAGGUCUUAAAAUGUAAAAGCCUCCUCUCAAAACCCAGGGUUUCAUUUUUAUUGCCACACUUUGUCCCUGGUGCAGGAUGAGAGAGGACACUUCUCUGAGGGAAUCUCUUAAAAGUGUGGUUCACUUUGACUCCUGAAGCAUUGCAUGGAUCAUGUAAAGGCAAAUAUGUCCCAUGGCAUCUGCAGGAGACAACCUGAUAAUCCUUCCUGUGUUUCAGCAGGGAGGCUAACAGGAGAAUGUUUUAAUUGGCAUGUUAAGAGAGCAUUCAGAGUAAACAACUUUGCUUCUGUAA